AGGUGGGAGAGGCAGCGGCGCCGCCCAAUGGGGGUUGAACGAUGGCGGCGGCGCUGCGGGCGGCGCUGUGCGUGGCGGGCGCGGCGCUGUCGGUGUACGCGCUGCAUGUGGAACACCAAGCGGCGAGGGACCCGUCGUACCGAGCCGCCUGCGACCUGGGGCCCUCCGUGUCCUGCACUCGGGUGUUCUCCUCCCGGUGGGGGCGUGGCCUGGGGCUGGUGGAGCCGGUGCUGGGCGGGGACAGCGCCCUGAACGUCCCCAACGGCGCCAUCGGGCUGCUCUUCUACCUGCUGCAGGGGCUGCUGGGCGCCUCGCGGGGCCGGGCGGCCGCGGCGACGCUGUUGGGCACCUCCGUGGCCUCGGCGCUGGCCUCGCUGUGGCUCGGCGGGGUUCUGCUCUUCGGCCUCAGGGACCUGUGCGUGGUCUGCCUCAGCACCUACGGGGUUAACCUGGCGCUGCUGGGGCUCAACCUGCGCCGCUGGAGGCGAGGGGAGGCGCGCAAAAACCAGUGAAAGCCACCCAAAACGAGGGAAAGUGACCCAAAACGAGGGAAAGUGACCCAAAAUGGAGUGAAAGCCACCCAAAAUGGA